CUUUUGUUCUAAAUUCAUAUUGUAGGUCGAUAACCAAGAAGUGUUUGUUGGUAUUAGAAAAGAGUUGGUAUGUCGUUUAUUUUGCAAUUUUAGUUACCAAGGGGUGAUUUAGUAAAUUAGUAAAUGGGGUCCAAGUUGAGAAGAAAUAUCUCGUGGCACAAAUGGCAACAAAAUUAAAAAUAUUGGAUUCUCUUUUAAUUUUUUACUCUUUUUUACUCUAGAGCCUUGUUGUUCUUCUUCUUCUUCUUUCUUCGUCUUCAACUUCUUCUACCGAGAUUGAUUCUAUUUCUUCCGGAUCUUACGCAACCAUUACUCUCACCUCAGGCAGAAAUGUUUCUAUGUUGAAGAAGAAGGAAAUGGUUAUAAGUCUUGGAAGUUUUAGUAUCAUCAGUUGUGUCUUAGAAAACUGGGAACGGCUCUUUUCCUCUGUUACCAUAGCUGAGUUAGCUUGAGAAACUUUUGAAUUGGAUUCAGAUCAUGCCUUACUUUGCUCAGAGGCUUUACAAUACUUGCAAGGCGUCUUUCUCUUCAGACGGACCAAUAACAGAAGAUGCUCUGGAGAAGGUUCGCAAUGUCUUGGAGAAAAUCAAGCCAUCUGAUGUUGGAAUUGAGCAGGAUGCUCAAUUGGCACGGUCCAGGUCUGGUCCUCUCAAUGAACGCAAUGGAAGUAAUCAGUCUCCCCCAGCAAUAAAGUAUCUUCAUUUGCAUGAGUGUGACAGUUUCUCUGUAAGCAUACUGAUUUGAAAACUCUAUGGCUGAUUGGUCUUGAAUGCUGUUUAAGGUUUGGGUGAAUCUUUUGUGAUCCACUUUAGGAUGAUUCAGAUACAAAAUAGCAUAAGAGUCCCAUUUUAACUUCCUAGGUUUAAGUAGCAAUGGUUCUGCUUGGAAUAAUAUGCAAAUACCGUUCAAGGUUAAAACACUCUAUAGCCAAUCCUGAGACAAAAAUUUUAGUGGAUAUUUAAUCUUCUCCUUUUCCGCAUAUUCAAAAUUAGGGGAAUAGGGGGGCAUCCAAACAUGGUCCUUGAGAGAAUCUCAGGAACCAACUAUUCAAGCCAUGAGCCUGAAGUCUGCAAAAAAGCCUAUGACAAAUGGUCUAGAAAGUAUGAGUAAACACAGUUCGAGUCAAUUCUGAGUCUGUCUCUAGUUGGGUGUUUUAUCUUCCUGAUACUGCCACCAAUGUUAUCUCUCACUUGGUUCAUUUUGCCUCUGUUGUCAAAACAGAUAGGAAUCUUCUGUAUGCCACCUUCUUCUAUGAUACCUCUUCAUAACCAUCCGGGCAUGACCGUGCUAAGCAAGCUCGUUUAUGGUUCAAUGCAUGUGAAGUCAUAUGAUUGGCUAGAGCCUCAACUGACCGAACCAGAGGAUCCAUCACAAGAAGCAAGACCUGCUAAACUGGUGAAGGAUACUGAGAUGACGGCUCAAAGCCCAGUAACAACAUUAUAUCCGAAAAGUGGUGGCAACAUUCACUGUUUCAAAGCCAUCACCCAUUGUGCUAUUCUUGACAUCUUAGCUCCACCUUACUCUUCAGAGCAUGAUCGGCAUUGCACUUACUUCCGGAAAUCCAGAAGAGAAGACUUACCAGGUGAAUUAGAAGUGGAUGGAGAAGUGGUCACAGACGUGACAUGGCUUGAGGAAUUUCAACCGCCUGAUGACUUUGUGAUACGACGAAUUCCGUACAGAGGUCCUGUCAUUAGAACUUGAUGAUGAUCUAAUCUUUACUUGUCACAUAAUUUGGGCGGCUUCGGGUUUUUAUUUUUUAUUUAUAUUCCUUUCGGAAAUAAUUUGGGGGGUCUUUUUAUAUUGCAAACGGGAUUGUACAUACUAAUUUGUGAUACACCGUGUGUCUCCGUUUCAUUAUAUUGCAAAAGACUUCUAAUGGUUUUUAGUCUUCGGUACUAGACUUCUCUAAUGGUUGUGUUUACAAAAUCCUUAAACCUCGUUUUGCAUAGUUGUGUUUCUUCCUUCAUAUGGUAAGGUCACACCAGCAUAGAAGUUGCCCCGAUACGCC